CUCUGAGGGCUCAGGGUAAACCACUGGGUCAGAGGUCAAACAACAGGAGGAAGCAGACCGGAUCAGUCGGACGGUGUGCCGGACUCUCCAGUCGGGUCUACAGACCGCCUCGGAAAACAAAAUUAGAUUCUAAGGUUUGUUUUGAGUUGAUCUUGAGAACAUUCCUUUAUGAUCCGACAACAUGAGCUGGCUUCUCUGAAAUUACAAAAACAUGAGAAAAUAUCAAAGUUGAUGGACUUGAAGUGAACCAUAAGAAAAGUUUUGAUCAAAUGAAUGAAAAGUGAAGAGAGUAAAGCAAGCCAAACGCUGGGGUCUACUUCUGGUUAACAUCAUGCUCAGCUGAUGAUGAUGUUGUUCCAGGAAACAGGAAGUACUGACGUGCUCUACAUGCUGUUGGACUUCAGUUAACUUACAGCAGCACAUGGUAACGUCUUGUAGCAUGCGGACAGAAAACGUGACACGUUGAUGAAAGGAAACGCAGAGGAAGGGAAGUUAUAAGGGCUAUAAAACGUUAAAUGUUGGACCUGUCGUCUCUUCAGAGAAGCUCUUUGACAGCAGACGCUGUGAAGACAUUGUGAGACCGGUGAAGUGGGACACCCGAUGUGGUCCAAUGAAACAAAAUGUUCACUGGGACAAAAAUCUCCUGACUUCCGUCUUCCUCUUGAUCGUUCAACAGACACCAGAAUUCCAUUCAGGGCAAACCUGGGAGAAGCCAAAGAUUACACGCGGAGGACGCGUGGUCACCGUGUCCUCCAUGGCUCAUCGCUGGGGACAAAUCGACUUUGAUGCUCUGGCAGUGAACAGACACCUGGGCACCGGCAGGUACAGCUGGCAGUUCUUCCAGGCGUACUGCAACAGUAAACUGUGUAACGUGCUCUUCACCCACGAGCGUCCACCAGGUGUCGUUCGGACCGAGCUUUCACGUCACGUCAGCCUGUGGCAGAAGGUUUUCAUCGAGCCCGUGGCCCGGCUGCUGUUCCUGGACCCAGAGGCCGGAGCUCAGACCACGCUGCACUGCAGCCUGCGGGAGGGAAUCGAACCUCUGAGCGGACGUUACUUCUCCUGCUGUGCCGCACAGGAAAUGUGCGCCCAGGCCCGAGACGAUGCCGUGGCUCGGAUACUGUGGGAGGUCAGCGAGACGCUGUGUGGUCUGUCCUGACGGUGGAAUGGCCACAGAGGACUUGUUCUUGGUCUUAACCGUGUAAAUAGCUGUUACAGUACAAGCAGUGCUCAUGUGUAGGAGUGUAUGGGGUACUGCAGAUGUCACUUGUACUCAUCUGCGCAUUAUAAGCAGGGGACCUCAUCAUUUAACAGUGUACCUCUUCUAUGUGUGUCAGGCAGUGUAAGGAUAAUACACAUGCACACACAAGAUUGAAAGCCAGUAUCAAAAGUCUACAGAAUAAAUAUAUUUAUCUACAUUUGGCAAGAUGGAUUGAGCAGUAUGCUGCUCUGUUGCUCUCUGCUCUGGUUUGUAAUGUAGGUUAAAGUAUGGUAGCCUCACUUCCAAUCACGAGCUGUGCUUGAAUGGGGAGUUCACCAAAGUUCAUGGCGAUGCUGAAAGAUUCCCGAUAUGUUUUUGCCGUAGGUGGUCUGUGUCAGCCUGUGAUGUCUUCAUUUUUGUAAACUAAAGUGACACAAUACAAUACUGACAGCUGCAUACUAAUUAAAUGAGCAACCAGCUUAACAAUGGCCAGCGGUUUUUUACACUUGUAACAGUGAUGAUGUACAUGAUCAUAAGAGUCAGCAGCAGAACACUUCCACAGAAUAAAAUACAGAGGCCUGUUCACACACAGAGUCACAUGCUACACAUUAUUCAAUCAAUCACCUAUCAGCUUGUACACAGGCCUGCCUACAAACCCACUGAGCAAAGCUAAUGAGAUGUUUAUUUAAAAGACUGUAUAAAUAUCAGGAAUAUGCAAGUGUUCUAACACCUAAUCAAGCUGACACAUGUUUACUUUUCAACAGUGUUGAAAUGUGUUCACUCUCCACUGAGAUUGCUUUAGUUGCAGGGUCUGAACUGAUUACAUGGAUAGCAUGAGUAACGUUUGUGUUUGCUUAAAAAUGUUUAGUAUGACUGAGUUUUUCGGCCCACUUUUAAAAAUGAAUAAUUGAAAUUUCAAGAAUCAAGUUGUUAUAUUUUGGGGGAAAUGCAAUAGGUAGUGUAUUGUUGUAAAAAUAAAGCCAGUUUUGUUAGUGAA